CAUCUCCAAACGAGUAUCGCUCACAUUUUCAUUGUCAUAAUAUGAUAAAGUGCCAAGCUGAGGGCGCGUAGCGAGAUUGGGGUACAGAACGAAGGCUGCUUUCGACAACGUGGACAGUAGGUACAUACUUAUCCAUCCAUGAUGAUGCUCUGUGUUAUCAUGUGGUACUUUCCGUAUGGAUAGUUAAAUAAAAAUCUCCCUCACCACCCCGAAAAAAAAGUCCUGAUCUCUUCAGGGUGUACUGACUGAGCGUGAAUCAAUCAGUAGGGAUUCCACAGACUCCGUAACGUAUCGCCGGUUGCUUCCCUACCAUCACCAUGUGGCCAGUUCGAAGGCUGCUCAAGUACACCUUCGUCGGAGGAACGUUAGUGGGGACCGGUCUCAGCUUGCAUGCCAACGAUUAUGACAUCAACUCGAUCGGCAUCGUACGAUUGGGGCGAGCCGGGCUGACCGUCUUCGACAUCGCACAAACCUACCGUGCGAAUCUGUACCAACGGGAAUGGCCCGACAAGAAGGAUCCCGAGUACCUGAAGCUGAAAAGCGAAACCCACAAACUCGCGGCUGAAAAGUUAUUGGACCUGUGCAGAACCAAUCGUGGCGUUUACAUCAAAGUUGGACAACACAUCGGUGCCCUGGAGUACCUGCUGCCUUAUGAAUAUGUCAACACGAUGAAGAUAUUGCACAGCAACGCUCCCCAAAAUCCCAUCGAAGAUCUGUACAAAGUGAUACGGCAGGAUUUGAAGAUGAAUCCAGAAGACUUGUUUUCCUCAUUCGAGCCGGAACCCCUCGGAACGGCAUCACUGGCCCAGGUUCACAAGGCAACCUUGAAGGACGGCACAGAGGUGGCUGUCAAAGUACAACAUCCGUACGUUAGAGGCAACUCGAAAGUCGACAUCAAAACCAUGGAAAUACUUGUAAAGCUGGUGUCCUGGGCAUUCCCAGAUUUCAAGUUCCAGUGGCUGGUAAAAGAAACAAAAAGAAACCUUCCAAUUGAAAUGGAUUUCGAACACGAAGGACACAACGCGGAAAAGGUUGCAGAGAUGUUCAAGGACUAUCGAUGGCUCAAAAUUCCUAAAAUUUUCUGGGAGUUCACAACAUCGCGAGUAUUGGUAAUGGAGUUUGUAGAGGGAGGCCAAGUUAACGACCUGAGCUACAUACAGAAGCAAAAGCUGGAUCCUUACGACAUUGCUAAUAAAAUUGGUCACCUCUAUGCGCACAUGAUAUUUUUGAAGGGAUUCGUGCACAGCGAUCCCCAUCCCGGCAACAUUCUUGUCCGGAAGAGCAACCGGGGUGAUACCGAAGUCAUCUUGCUUGAUCACGGUCUGUACGCCGAUCUGACGGAAAAAUUUCGGUACGAUUAUUCCAAGCUUUGGCUCAGCAUCCUGAAGGUGGACCAGAUAGGAAUGAAGAAACACGCCCAUGCGCUUGGCGUCGAGGGCAGCAUGUGGGGCCUGUUUGCGUGUAUGGUCACGGGACGUCCUUGGAAUUCCGUCAUCACCGGCAUCGACAGAGUGAAACAAGAUGAUAAAGAGAAAGAAAUGAUUCAAAAUGAGGGCAAGCUGGUCAUCCCACAUAUUUCCGAUGUGCUGGAAAAGGUAGACCGUCAGAUGCUGCUGGUUUUGAAAACAAACGAUCUGAUCAGAGGGAUUGAAACGACGCUCAAAACCCAAAACCGGAUGACGGCCUUCUGGGUCAUGAGCAAAUGUUGCAUCAAAAGCGUAGGCAAUCAGGAGUACCUACAGGCACCGGAUCCGUGGCGCAAGCUGUCCACGUGCUUCCGGGAAAACUGGGCCAUUCUUAAGCUUAAUCUGUACUACUUGUAUCGAGGGCUAGUAACGCUGCACUUCUUUUCGGCGCUCAAAAUGGUUCUGUAGGUUACACUACCGAUGCCGAAAGAUCGUUUUUGGGGGGCACGAAACACGGGUUAUUUUUUUGUAAAGUCGUUGUUUAACAUAAGGAGCGGACUAUCAGGUGUGGGGAUUUCAACAAGAUUUUUUAUUGUUCAACUGUAACGUUGUUUAUCUAAGCGCUGUAAGUCGAAAGUCGUUUAGUUGGUUUAGUAAUGUUCUAGUAAGUUAAUUUCGCUUAAGGAAAAGCCACCGUUCUUAAAAUACAUAUAUUUAUGACUGGACAAACUUCAUCAGUCGCAAGCUUUAUUUUCAUGACCAAGUAAAAACUGGCCUCAACAUCA